AUGUACACCAUCCGCGUGUUACAACUCUCUGGAUCGUCCGUCACAGAAUUAGAGCUUCCACGUACUGCCUCCAUCAGUGAGGUGCUGCAAAGAGCUCGUGCCUCCCUCGGCUGCGACCCAAAGAUUCGGCUGCAGCUGCUUUUCGAAGAUCGGCCACUACAAAUGCAGGAGACCUUGGCCACCCUGGGCCUACCGGACCCUCCCGUUCAGGUGGAUCUGCAGCUCCUUCACCUGCAACAGCCCAGGCUUGUGGAGCGCAUUGACAAGCAAACCUCUGACUUCCAGCACGUUGAUAUCGGCAUCUGCGGGCAGCGGAGGGCUGGCAAAACAAGCUUCUUGAACCAAUAUGUGGAUCGCCGUUUCCAUGCCGAGCAAUUUGCAAACGUCAUUGCCGUGGACUUCAGGGUUGCGAACCUCCGGGUCGAGAAGGAGGAGAACAUGGUUCCCGUGAAGCUACUCCUCUGGGACCUACAUGGAACUCAUCACGCUUCGAACCCUGUGCUGCAUCCUAUGAUGUUCCGGCGCAAGGCCGCCAUAAUCUUCGUGGCGGACCUGGAGAGACUGCGUUUGCACGAGAUUCAGCAAAUGGUCGACUUGUCCGCAUCUGAACCAGUCGCGGAGAGAGUGCUGGUCGGCAACAAGGUGGAUGUUGCUGCUCCUGGGAACACUGAAGAGGCCGAGGCUUUCGCCACGGCCAAUGGUUUGACAUACUUCGAGGCCUCUGCCAAAAAUCACGAGAGCGUAGAAGCGGUUCUUCGGCACACCCUGCUUUCCGUGAUGGACAAGCUGGAGCUAAAUCUGACGCCUUUUCGCAGAGACCGCAUACUUGCCCCGGACGCACCGCCAGAGCGGUGGCGCUGUGCCUUGCAAUAA